AUGGCGUCCCUCAACAAGGAAGAGCUCAGCAACCUCUCCUUCGUGCUCAAGAAGCCCCUCGAGGUCGCAUUCGAGGACCGCCCCAAGCCCUCCCUCGCCUCCCCCCACGAUGUCCUCGUCGCCGUCAACUACACCGGCAUCUGCGGCUCCGACGUCCACUACUGGCUCCAUGGCGCCAUCGGCCACUUCGUAGUCAAGGACCCAAUGGUCCUGGGCCACGAGUCCGCCGGCACCGUCGUCGAGGUUGGCGACGCAGUCAAGACCCUCGCCGUCGGUGACAAGGUCGCCCUCGAGCCCGGCUACCCCUGCCGCCGGUGCGCUCCCUGCCUGGCCGGCAAGUACAACCUCUGCCCCGAGAUGGCCUUCGCCGCCACGCCGCCCUACGACGGCACCCUGACCGGCCUCUGGUCCUCGCCCGCCGACUUCUGCUACAAGCUCCCCUCCGCCGUCUCCCUCCAGGAGGGCGCGCUGAUCGAGCCCCUGGCCGUGGCC